GAGAGAGCGCCGCACUGUGUGUUUGUGUGUGAGUGAGUACUGUGAUGAUGGGCAGGCGGUGGGCGCACCCCAAGCAGUUUCUCAUCCUUUUGCUCAGGCUGCUGGCUCUGGUCUGCGGGGUUGUGUUGAUCUGUGAGCUGGCCAUUUACUACAUGGUACUGCUGCGUUGUGGCUGGCCCCGGUUGAAAGCUCCGGCUGAGCCCGGCCAGGAUAGACCCUCAGCGCCAGCGCUCAGGACUUUGUUCCUCGCAGACACCCACCUCCUGGGAGCCCUCAGGGGGCACUGGCUGGACAAACUCCGGAGGGAAUGGCAAAUGGAGCGGGCCUUUCAGACGGCUCUGUGGCUCUUCGAACCAGAUGCUGUGUUUGUUCUUGGUGACCUCUUUGACGAAGGGAAGUGGAGCACCCCCAAGGACUUUAAAGAAGACGUCAGGCGUUUCCGAAUGAUGUUCAGACAUUCUGCCAGCACAGAGUUGUUUGUGGUUGUUGGGAAUCAUGACAUUGGCUUCCAUGAUGAGAUGGAUUGGUACAAACUGCAGAGGUUUGAUGAUACAUUUAACUUCUCCUCCGCUAAAGUGGUGUCCAGGAAAGGAGUGAAUUUUGUGCUGGUUAACAGCAUUGCCUUGCAAGGGGACGGUUGCUCCAUUUGUGAGAAAGUAGAAAACGAUCUCCAUCAGCUCUCCCUGGCACUGAAUUGCUCCCGACAGUUGGAUGCAAAUCAUUCCGGUGGGAAUUGCAAAGAUAAGGACAUAUUCCCUGAAUCAGCUCCGAUUUUACUCCAGCAUUAUCCCCUCUAUCGAGUCAGUGAUGCGGAGUGCACGGGCGAGGACUCUGCUUCCCCUGAAGAGAAGAAGCUGCUGUUUCGGGAGCGGUACGACACCUUGUCUGUUGAAGCUUCUAACAAGCUGCUGUGGUGGUUUCAGCCUCGCUUGGUCCUGAGCGGCCACACGCACAGCGCCUGCACCGUGCUGCACGGCUCCCAGCGGCCCGAGAUCAGCAUCCCCUCCUUCAGCUGGAGGAAUCGCAACAACCCCAGCUUCCUCCUGGUCACUAUUACAGCGACUGACUUUGCAAUCCACAAGUGUUUUAUGCCAAGAGAGAGCACUGUAUUCACCAUUUACAUGGCAGCGGGUGGUAUGGCCAUCCUGAUCUUGUUACAUUUCCACCUGUUCCAGGGGGCGAUGCAUAACCUGACUUACAAACUCGUCAACCUGAUCAAAGGCCACCGAUGUGACUAGCUGCUCCUGUCAGUAUCUGGUGAUCUGCAUUGGGUGAGAUUCUGUGGGUUAUGCUGGUAUUCCUUUGAAGUAAGGAAAUAUCUGUGAAGCUCUUGUGCCUGUUAUUCCAAUCUCAUUGGAUUGCUGCAGGUCAGAACUGGUAGAACAUGUAGGUGGAGUGUAGAUUAUCAUCAGCUGGGGAAGUGAGCCGGUCUUUCCACUUAAAUGAACAGGAGUAAAAGUUUCACAAAACAAGUCCCGUUCCACUGUGGAGAUGUAAGGAACUGCAGAUGCUGCUUUACAAAAAUGGACACAUAAUGCUGGUGUCCCUCAGCAGUCUGAAGAAAGGUCCCAACACAAAACAUCAUCUAUCCAUGUUCUCCAGAGAU